AUGUCGAACCCCCUUCCGAACUAUGACCCCCGUCGGGCCACCAUGUAUAAUCGCCAACCGGAGGAGCUUCACAUCCCCUCCGGCGGCGCUUCGCUCCAGCGACAGUCCAUGUCCCAUGAAUUUGCGACCGGUGCCGAUAGCCAUGCCCCCGCGAUUAAUUUCCACCCGACGAAUGUCCAACCGAAUCAAUUUGGAGCCACGAACAAUGCCGGGGGAGCUCUGCCUGGAGCGCUGCAGCCGGGAAACGUCAACCGGCCGCCCGCGAUGUCUGUGAACACCGCCCCAUCUGUCCUUCCUACACUGCCGCAGUUGUCAACGCAGCAGCAGCAACAGCAACAGCAACAACCACCACCGCAACCACAACAACCUCCUCCGACAACACCUCGGUCUAACAUGGCCAAUUCUCAUAGUCACUCCCGUUCUAGCCCCGCGGGUGUGGAGCAGUCGAAAUACAAGCCGCACGGACUGUCGGAGACCGCGCGCUUUGGCUCAUCGCCCGGCGCUGCAUUCCCGCCGGUUACUCCACAAGGCGCCAAAUACUCCCCCCUUGGACUUUCAGAUAUCCGGCCAUCUGCAGAUCUAUUGAGCGAUCCGCUCAUGAGCCCAGGGUCGCUGCCCAACAAUGGCGACAAUCAGGUGCCGACCAACAGCAACUACAUUGCCCCAUGGCCCAUCUACGCCGUGGAUUGGUGCAAGUGGCCCAUCACGGGAAGCUCCAGCUCCUUCGGGGGCAAGUUAGCCUUGGGUAGUUACCUGGAAGACAACCACAACUAUAUACAAAUCAUUGAUACCCACUGGACCCAACCCGACCCCGACACGCCCGAUGCUGCAGCCGGCGAAAUCAAAUUGGACUAUGUGAAGACUGCGGAAGCCACACAUUCCUACCCUGUUACGCGAAUCCUCUGGGAACCUCCCUCGUCCCAGAAACAAUCGACCGACCUUCUGGCGACUUCAGGAGACCAUCUGCGAUUGUGGUCCCUGCCGGCCACGCCUCUGCAACACUCAAACUCAAUUACACGACCGGCCAACCAACGAGAACCGCCUGCGGCCAAGCUGUCUCCCCUGGCCCUGUUGUCCAAUUCGAAAUCUCCCGAGCAUACCGCCCCCAUUACCUCGCUCGAUUGGAACACCAUCUCCCCGAGUUUGAUCAUUACGUCCAGCAUUGACACCACCUGUACCAUUUGGGAUAUCCCUACUCUUACGGCGAAAACGCAAUUAAUCGCACACGACAAAGAAGUAUACGACGUCCGCUUCUGCGCCAACAGUGUUGAUGUUUUUGUUAGCUGUGGAGCCGACGGCAGCGUGCGCAUGUUCGAUCUUCGCAGUUUAGAGCACAGCACGAUCAUUUACGAGCCAACGGACAAGAAUGAAAAACGUAAUCACCCGGUGCCUGCUACGUUCCCUGCGUUCUUCCGUACUGACUCCGUCUUUACCCACAGUGAUCAGCCCCGGAAAUGGCAGCCCCUCAGCCCCGUCAUCCACGUGGCCUCCGCCCCUGCUGCGAAUCGCCGAGUUGCCCCUGACGAUCUUUUAGCAUCCCCUCAUGACGCCCAUCUCCUGGCUACCUUCUCCCAGGAUUCCAACAUUGUGCGCGUGCUAGACGUUCGCCAACCUGGCCAAGCCCUGCUCGAACUCAAGGGGCAUGCCGCCGCGCUCAAUUCCGUUGAAUGGUCUCCGAAUCGCCGUGGUGUUCUCGCCUCCGGCGCAGACGACUGCUUUGUCCUUCUCUGGGACCUGAUUAAUCAGCACAACGCUGCCCCCGUCCCGCCCGCCGUACAUAACCCCGGCGCGCCUUCGGUCACGUCUGAGCGUGGCCCCGCUGCCGCCUGGAAAUGUGACUAUGAAGUGUCUAACAUCAGCUGGUCGCCUCAGGGAGGUACAACUCCCUCUGGAAACCCUCGUGAUUGGCUAGGGGUAUGUGGUGGCCGUGGAGUUUGGGGCGUGUCUCUAUGA